UUGUUUAGGCAGGUGUGAAAAAGUUAAAAUUUUCCAAUAAAAUUGUUAUAAAUCUAAUAUAAAUGUAAAUAUUAGUGCAAAAUUAAUAAAUUGGAAUUGAAAACAUAUAAUUUAAAUGCUUAAUUAUCAAAAACAUUUAAUAAAAUAAGAUUUAUAUUGUGAAUUUACUACCGGCAUUUUUAUUUUGCUGGUCUGUCCAAUUGUCGAUUUUUUUGUGCAAUAAUUUCUCGCAGGAAACAUGGAUGUGCAAAUUUUAGAAUAUGUUAAUAACUAUUUGAAAGUAGAGCCCAUUGAAGAGGCCUUUCUAAGUGUGAUUGUUUACCGGCCAGACGGCGAGCAAGAUAAAGCCACCAAAUUCACCAAUGACAUUGUGGCAGCAUUUGGCUCUAUUCCCCAGGACAGUAAAGAAGGAAUUGUGCGUCAAUACUUAGAGAAGGCAGCAUCGGCCACAAACACUAAUCAGUUGAAAGUGUUGAUGGGUACACUGGGCAAAUUGGCAGAAUCUCAUUUGAUAACAGCAAAACUACUCUGUGACAAAGUUCUCUUAUGUGAAAAGCUAAACUAUGAAAAUAAGAAUUUUUGGAUAGAAAGUCUUCGACUGAUAAAAAAAGUUAUAGAUCAUGUAGACUAUAAGGGCGUGCGGGAAAUAAUGAAAGCAUGUCGUGACAAAGCACAACGAUUUCCACUUAAUGUAAAUGUAACAUAUUUACCACAACUGUUGGCACUAGAAGAUACCAUACGAUAUAUAUUCGAUCGCAAUAAUAGUCUAUUGCCAGCAUAUUUUAUAGCUAAUGAAAUAAUCAAACCCUUUCCAUAUCAUUGGAAACUUAAUAAAUUAAUGACUGAUGUUGUAGAAGAAUUUCGUCAAACUGCCCAAAUGGUGUCUAUAAUUGGCCAUACCCAUAUGUUACCGAUCGUGGAACAUUUCGGUUAUGCUGAUCAUAUGAUGAAUUCAUGGAAAUUAGAUCCCAAUACUUUAAAAUUUAAUUUUAAAGGUAGUCUACCAUACGAACCGGAAUUAAUGGAAGAACAGCCGCAAUUGUUGCGCUAUGUUUUGGAGCAAACCUAUUCCAAGGAAAUGAUUUCAAUAAUGUUGAAUUUACAAAAACAUCAGAAGCAAAGAUGUAAUACAUUGGAAGAUCAGUUGGUUAAUUUAAUUGUAAGUGCUAUGGAAAUGACAGAAUCGAAUGAAAAUAUUGCUGGCAGUAGUUUCAAUGUACCCGAGGAACAAAUAAACCAAAAUGAGUGGAUCUGGUUGCAUUUGUCAUCACAAUUGAUCUACUUUGUUCUAUUUCAUUUUGUUAGUUUUACGCAUAUAGUUUUAGCACUAUACGAUAAGCUUUCGAAAAAGGAGUUACGUAAAGGCCGUGAUCAAUUAAUGUGGAUAUUAUUACAAUUUAUAUCGGGCAGUAUACAAAAGAACCCUAUUGCCAACUUUUUACCCAUGUUUAAAUUAUUUGAUUUAUUAUAUCCCGAACAAGAACCUUUGCCAUUACCCGACUGUAACAAAUCUUGUUCACUGAGACAGAUGGCUCCCAUUUGUAUUUGGAUUCAUUUAAUGAAAAAAACUAGAAAUGAGAACAUGAACAUUACACGGCCUUUACCAAUUGCUUUAAAAAAUCAUCAUGAUUUUCUUCAGCAUUUAGUACUGCCCACAACAAUGAUGUCCAUGAGUUUGAGCAAUGAUUUUCGCAUAGUUUUAGUAUGUAAUGCGUAUUCGACGAAUCAAGAGUUUUUUGCACGACCCAUGAGCAUACUGGUGGAAGCUUUAAAUGGCAAUGCAAAAUCUGCCUCCGGUGCUCCCAUACAACCUCUACCUUAUUCAAUGGUAGUACUAGAUAGUCUAACAGUUCAUAGCAAAAUGUCACUGAUACAUGGUUUUGUAACACAAAUGAUUAAACAGUCCCAAACUAAAACCUCUGUUCCUACGCCAGCGUUAAUUGAGACAUACGCCCGACUUCUGGUAUAUACAGAAAUUGAAUCUUUGGGCAUCAAAGGAUUUUUGUUGCAAUUAUUGCCGGCAGUUUUUAAACAUCAAGCUUGGAGUAUUUUACACAUAUUAUUGGAAAUGUUUUCAUAUAAAAUGCAUCAUAUACCAACACAUUAUAGAAUACAAUUGCUUUCCAAUUUACAUUCAUUGGCUCAUGUGCCUCAGUCCAAUAAAAUGCAAUUGAAUAUAUGCUUUGAAUCAACCUCUCUUCGUUUAAUCAACGCCAUGGGCUCGGUUGAGUUUCAACCUCAGCUAUCGCGUUACUUUAAUGAAAAACCACCUGCUUCUGUGACCUCAACCGAGAGUGAAGAACUUAAUCGUGUUUUAAUUUUAACCUUAGCCCGUGCAAUGCAUGUUACGGGCGGUGGGGAAGAUAUGCAAGCCUGGUGCAAGGAAUUACUAUCGACUAUAAUGCAAAAUACACCCCAUGCUUGGGCUUUACAUUCAUUGGCCUGUUUUCCACCGGCACUUGCUGAAUUCUUUGCCCAAAAUAAUCAUCCGGUAGAGAAUAAAGCACUACUGAAAAAAUCAGUAGAAGAGGAAUAUCGCAACUGGUCUUCGAUGACCAAUGAAAAUGAUAUAAUCAAUCAUUUUAUAAAACCUAAUACAAGUCAUUUGUUUUUGUGUCUGUUAUACAAAAUGAUAUGGGAAACUGAUAAUAUAAAUCCGGUAGCUUACAAAAUCCUAGAAGGUAUUAGUGCUCGAGCUUUAUCUGCCAAUUUACGUAAACUCUGUGAUUAUUUAAUAAGUGAGGUGGUCUCUUCAAACGGCAAAGAAUUUAUACAUAAAAGUGUAGAUUCUAUUAAUAAUUUGAUUUGGAAAUACAAUGUUGUUACUAUAGAUCGUGUAGUCUUGUGUUUGGCCUUGCGUACUUUGGAAGGCAAUGAGGCCCAAGUUUGUUUUUUGAUCAUUCAACUUUUAUUGCUUAAAGCAUCUGAGUUAAGAAAUCGAGUUACCGAGUUUUGCAAAGAAAAUAAUCCAGACCAUUGGAAACAAAUUAAUUGUCACGAGAAACAUUUGUCUUUCCAUCAAAAAUAUCCUGAGAAAUUUGCUCCUGAUGAAUCAGCAUCACAUCCUCCACUGCCAGUGUAUUUUUCAAAUGUUUGUCUACGAUUUUUACCGGUAUUGGAUGUGGUAAUUCAUCGCUUUAUUGAAUUGCCAAUACAGCAUGUCCAUCAAAUUCUCGAGGUCAUCUUGGACCACUUAAGUAUUUUAUAUAAAUUUCAUGAUCGUCCUAUUACAUAUUUAUACAACACUUUGCAUUUCUAUGAGCGCAUAUUAAGGGAUCGUCCCUCAUUGAAAAGAAAAUUGGUUAGUGCUGUUACUGGAUCUUUUUGUGAUAUACGCCCGCCCAACUGGUGUAUUAGCGAACAAUAUAAAUUAUUUUUACAAAGUCCCGAUCUCUUAUGGAAUCCAGAAUUGGCUUAUUAUAUGAAUUUAAUAAAGCGCUUAGCCGAAACGAUAAGUGGUAAAAAUGUUUUCUUCAAUGCGGACUGGCGUUUCAAUGAAUUUUCUAAUGCUCCUGCCCAUGCUAUGUAUGUCACCUGUGUUGAACUCUUAAGUUUACCGGUUGCACCUCAAAUUGUGGCCACUAACAUAAUCGAUGUUAUUGUUAAGGGUUAUGCUUUGAUACCGCAAAAAGAAAUCCAUUCCUAUAUAAAUGCAGUUGGCAUAGUGUUGGCAGAACUCCCGGAGGCCUAUUGGAGUGGUAUUUACGAAAGAUUACAAGAGGUUUUAAAUGUACCGAAUAUGUUGCGAUGGACAUAUCGCUUUAAUGCUUUUGAAAUGUUUAAUUUUAAACUUGUACGUGAAGCCAUGGUAGAGAAAACGUUUGCUGUUGUUUUGGCUGUGGCGCAUUCAAUAUUUCAUCAUAUGGGCGGACUUAAAUUGGCUACAAUGACAAAAUAUAUUAAGGAAACUCUGAAGCCGCGUGUGGUAACUGAACAUCAAUUGGUGUUUUUGUGUCAUGUCUUUGGCCCAUUUUUACAACGUAUUGAACAAGAGAAACCAAAUGCUGUAGCUGGCAUUGCAAUUCUACUGUACGAGAUGCUGGAAGUGGUUGACAAACAACAUGGUCCCACUCCAUUGGAAUAUAUGGAUCCUAUAUGUGAUUUUCUGUAUCACAUCAAGUACAUACAUGUUGGUAACAUAAUUAAAAAUGAGUCAGAAGCUAUUAUUAAACGCUUGAGGCCAGCUUUACAAAUGCGCUUACGCUUCAUCAGUCAUCUAAAUAUUGAGGAUAAACAUACCGAAAAGCCAUGUGAACAACAAACAGCUUCCGCAACAACAGCAAAUCUACAGCCAACCAUGGCUGCCCAGAGUAUGCAAUUUCAAGCCAAUACAAUGCAACAAAAUUUUGCUAAUUUACCGAAUCAACAGCAGCAGCAACAGCCACAACAGACUAUGCAAAAUGUUAAUAAUAAUCCUGGGGCACAAACACAACCUGGUAAUCAACAGCAGCAACAACAGCCACAACAACCACAGCAAUUAAAUCAACAGCAACAACAAUUGCAUCAAAUGCAAUUACAGCAGCAGCAAAUACAACAGCAAUUGCAUCAGCAACAGCAAUUUCAACUACAGCAACAGCAGUUGCAACAACAUUUACAGCAGCAACAAAUGCAGCAGCAACAACAACAAUCUCAGCCACCCAACAUGGGUGGUGGGAUGCGUCAUAAUUAAAUACAUAAAAUGUCUUAAACUAAUUAUGAAAAAUACAACAUUUUUUUAAUAUAUAC